CAGAAAUGUUCAAAAUUCCAGUGUUAAUAUUCUCUUAUGUGAAAGACUGUGAAAGGAAACUACAAAUAUAAUAUAUACACAUAAACCUGUCUCAGUUGUCUUCUGCAUUUUCUAAUUAACAUUCGCCACUUCCUUGUUGAACUUUUAUCCAAGAGAAACUUCAUUUUGGGGUUGAAAUUGUAAAACAUAGAAUAUUUCCAGAUGUUUUGAACAUGUCACAGAGGUAUGGCUGCCCUUUUUAAGCAGGAAUUGGCACCCAGGUGGUGCUUGUCUAGAAUCUGGGUAGUAUUGGAUGGUCAGAGGUACUAGGAUUCUGUAUUAAGCUUUGGAAACUGAAAGAAAGUAGUGAGGUCUCUACAAAUGGAUCUAGGAAAACAGAUUUUCUUGCUGAUUAUGUGCCUUCAAGUUUUCCUUAUAGCAGCAGUUACAGAUCCUCAAGACUUCGCUGCUCUGUCUGCUGUCAAGAUUAACUGGCAGAACACACCACCCAAUUGGAUCGGCAUUGAUCCUUGUGGGGGCAGUUGGGAAGGAAUACAAUGCUCCAAUUCACGUAUCACAUCCAUAGUCUUGUCAGGCAUGGGUUUGACGGGAACACUGACAGCAGACAUUGGAAAUUUACCCAAGCUACAAAAUCUGGAUUUAUCUCAAAAUAUGGGUUUGACAGGAACUCUUCCACCAGCAAUUGGAAAUUUGAAGAACCUUGUAUACCUAUCCCUGGUUGGUUGCAGUUUUUUUGGUCCAAUUCCCAACACAAUAGGAUCUCUAACACAGCUUAUCUCAUUAUCUUUAGCUUCUAACAAAUUCAAUGGCGAAAUACCACCUUCUAUUGGCAAUCUGUUGAAUCUGUAUUGGCUGGAUAUAACCGACAAUAAGCUCACAGGAACAAUUCCAGUCUCUAAUGAGACUUCACCUGGUUUGGAUUUGCUAGUAAAUACAGGACACUUUCAUCUUGGACAAAAUCAGCUCACAGGCACAAUUCCACCCAAAUUAUUCAGCUCAAACAUGACAUUGAUACAUGUGCUUUUAGACAGCAAUCAACUAAGUGGCAGCAUCCCAUCCUCCCUAGAACUGGUACGAUCAUUGGAACUGAUACGCUUGGAUAGGAACUCAUUAAAUGGACCCGUUCGGCUGAACUUCACAGGCCUAACAAAUCUGUCCCAGCUAUACUUGUCUAACAAUAAACUGACUGGCCCCAUGCCCGACCUUAGUGGUAUGAACCUAGUCGCAUAUGUGGACAUGAGCAAUAAUAGUUUUGAUGCAUCAUCUAUUCCACCAUGGUUUUCAAGCUUACAAUCCUUGACAUCAUUAAUAAUGGAGCGCACACAACUUCAAGGCCAAAUACCAGACAGUAUCUUUAGUGUUGCCCAAAUACAAUCAGUUGUAUUGAGCAACAACGAGCUAAAUGGCACCUUGGACAUUGGCAACAACUAUGGCGCACAGUUGGAAGUCAUUGAUUUGCAGAAUAAUUCCAUUACUGAGUUUGCACAAGGUUCAGGAUACAGCAAAACACUUAUGCUAAAGGGUAAUCCAUUUUGUGCAAAGAUAGGAUCAACAGAAAACUACUGCUCACUUCUGCAACAGCCAAAUACUUCAUACUCUACGCCUCCAAACAAUUGUGUCCAACAUGACUGCAAUUCAAAUCAAAUUAGCAGUCCCAAUUGUAAAUGUGCAUAUCCAAUCACAGGAACCAUGCACUUCAGAUCUAUUUCCUUCUCAGACUUGGGAAAUGCAAGCUACUACAUUUCUCUACAAGCCUCAAUGAUGGAUGCCUUUCAAUUUGAUCAGUUUCCUGUGGAUUCAAUUGCUCUAAGUGACCCAAUCAUGGAUGAGUAUGAUUACCUAGACUUGAGGAUAGAAGUCUUUCCAUCUAAUAGUGACAGUUUUAACAGAACAGGAUUUUCUAUGAUUACAUCUCAGCUGAACAACCUAACAUUUUUCAAGCGUCCAAGUUCUUUCGGACCAUUCUAUUUCACUCUUGAUAACAAUGAUUAUUUUUCAGGACCAAACAAAUCAUCAAAUAAAGGAAUCAUCAUUGGAGCAGCCAUUGGUAGUUCUAUACUAGUGCUGCUAUUACUUGUGGCCGGAAUUUAUGCAUUCAAACAAAGAAGAAAAGCUGAUACAGCUACUGAGGCAGCUAUCCGUCUAAGAGAUCCAUUUGCAUCCUGGGACCGAAAUGAAAGUGCUGGAAGCCGUCCACAAAUAAAUGGAGUGAGAUGUUUCACCUUUGAAGAGCUUAAAAAAUGCACUAACAAUUUUUCAGAUGGCAACAUUAUUGGAAUUGGGGGAUAUGGGAAGGUUUAUCGAGGAAUUCUUAUUGGUGGGAAACUAGUUGCUAUAAAAAGAGCUCAACAAGGGUCAUUGCAGGGUAAUGUUGAGUUCAAAACUGAGAUUGAGCUUCUAUCAAGGGUUCAUCACAAGAAUCUAGUCAGCCUACUGGGUUUCUGUUAUGAGCUAGAUGAACAGAUGCUGGUCUAUGAGCAUAUUUCAAAUGGUUCUCUAAAGGAUAGCAUUUCAGGUAAGUCAGGUAUCCAGUUAAGUUGGGCAAGGAGACUUCGAAUAGCCCUUGACUCAGCCAGAGGUCUCGCUUAUUUGCAUGAGCUUGCCAACCCACCCAUCAUCCACAGAGACAUUAAGUCAACUAACAUUCUAUUGGAUGAUCAAUUAACUGCAAAAGUAGCUGACUUUGGUCUAUCAAAGCUUUUGGACCACACUGAGGGUCAUGUUAGUACUCAGGUCAAAGGCACAAUGGGCUAUAUGGAUCCUGAAUAUUUCAUGACCCAGCAGUUAACUGAUAAAAGCGAUGUUUAUAGUUUUGGAGUGGUAAUGUUGGAAUUAGUUACUGGCAGAAAUCCAAUACACCAUGGAAGACAUAUUGUGACAGUGGUCAGGAUGGCAAUGGAUAAGACAAAAGAUUUAUACAACCUCCAUGAGAUCCUUGAUCCUGCCAUUAGCGUGAGCAACACAUUGAAAGGUUUAGAAAAGUUUGUAGAUCUGGCAAUCAGGUGUGUUGAAGAAUGGAGAGCCAACAGGCCUGCAAUGGGAGAGGUGGUCAAAGAGAUAGAGAACAUAGCAGAGCAGGCUGGUCUGGACUAUGAUGUUGAAAUGCUAUCUACUUCUGCAAGUCAUUAUGAUUCAAACAAAGGAAGUCUCUACCUCCCUGACAACAAAAAGUUCUUUGAGUACAGUGGAAGUUUUCCACAUUCUGAGAUAGAACUUCAAUAAUAAAGUGCUUUACAUUUGAUGUCCUAUACUUAGUAGUAAUUGGCUGGCACCCCAUGUUUACCUUGGAUCAAACAUGCCAAUUUUGUUACAACUUUUUGUGAUAUCUGUAAAAUAGCAGGGCGCUUUGAAUUAUAUUAUCAUCCUUUGAUUUCCCCAUAAAGACUUGUCUAAAUGUAGAUAUUUCAGCCAUUUGAUUAUUUCCUUAACCACACACACAAAAAUGCUUCUUUGUAUGGUAGUCCUUUAUAAUUUUUAUGGCAUUCUUGUUAAUUGUUCUGAGUGAUUUAAA